CAUCAUAACCUUGCGAUCCACGACCAUACCUCUGUUAUUUCUACUGUUGAAUAUCUUGUACAUCAUUGCUGUCGUUCAGCCGCAAUUCGCUUUCAUUCGCCUGACCGCACCCGACCAACCAACAACGUGCGAGCAUCAUAUCGCCACACAUUUCAUCAUGGCAGGAGGGUUAAUGAACUCGAUACAUGCCCCAAAGGCCCAUCAACCACCGCCAGCCUCAUCGCCGCCACCGUCUCAUUCUCACCACUCCCAUGACGAGGGCGGCUCUUUCCACGAUGGACCAGGUCCAAAGUCCAAGAGGCACAGACCACCACGCGGCAAAAAGCAGCUUAUGAAAUACAUCCCAAAGCCAGACCCCGAGCCUCAGCAACAGUCACCACCACCUCCUUCACCACCAGCGGCGGCAGCAGCAGCAGCAGCGCCCGUUAAGCCUCCUUCUCCGCCAAGGGCCCGGGUCUCCCCUAAACUACAGCCGCAGGCUCAACCGAAACCAUCCGUCGCCAUUGCCCCCAAUCCUCCACCUCCCAUCACCACUACUUCCAUCCUCAUCAGGACCACCACCACCACAACCACCAGCAACACCUCCCCCAUCGCCAAAUCACCCGUCCGCGUCAGCCCCUCCGCCAAACACGAACUAAUCCGCUACACCAAGAUCGUCCGCCGCCUCAAAUGGAAGCUCCCCUUCCUCGCCUCCGGCUACGCCCUCGCGCUUAAGGGGCGCGACCCUAAGCAUGGAGACGCCGUGAUUAGCGGUGGCGUGCUCAACGAGGGGGAGAUCAUGUUCAAGCUCGAUUUCUUUGAGUACUACAUGCUCAUUGAGCGCGCGCUGGUUCACUUGCUGGGGGUGUUUGGCAUUACGGUUAGUGGGAAUGGGAUCCAGGGGAAGGGGUUGGCGGGGAGUCGGUUUAGUGGUCAGGGUGGAGGGAGCCGUGGGGGCAGUGGCAGCCGUGGGGGAAGUCCUAAGGAGGGUUCACCUAAUCGUGCUGGGCCUGUGGCUGGGGGGGAGGGUGCUGCUGGGAAUGGGGGUGGGAACAAGUUUCAGCAUCGGUAUCAUGCCCAUGUGCUGGAAGCGUUCGAUUCCCCUGUUCACCCGCUACAUGAUAUCUUGGGCAAAGGGGAGGUGCGCAAGCAACUGCAGCGGGCGAAGGACCUCCGGAACCGAUGGAAGACGGCCGAUUCAGAGGCGGAGGAGAAGGAGCGGGUGAAGUUGACGGCGCCGUUGGAGAGUUAUGACGUGGAGAAGAUGCUGGAGACGAUCUUCCAGGGGUUCGAUGCGGCGUUCUUGAUUGCUGAGUGGCAUGUCAGGGACAAGGAGGGUGGCCUGGAUAAGGGCGCGCAGUCGUCGCUCAAUUGGGCGGAUGAUGAUGAUGAGGAUGGUGAUGCGACCAUGAUGGAUUGGGCGGCGCAGGAGGCGGAUCAGUGGGAGUUUAUGGUGGAUGCUAUGGAUUGGGAAGCUGUCUGAAAAAACCUUGCCCUUGAUGGCCCUUCGUGGUUGUUUUGUGAUGUGGUGUUGGGAGCUAACUGGUAAUAUAGGACUAAGCUUUUUUAAUGUAUUAUUAUGUAUGGUAUCGUUAUCAUAUGACAUUUUGGGUAUGGCCAGAUCUCGGCCAUGAUGAGCUGAUGAUCCCACCAAGUAAGAUAGGCUUUUGAAGAAAAGGAAGAGAACACCAGCUAAGCU